AUGGAAGAUCGUGAACGGCGCCGGAUCGCCGAAGAAGCUGGUUACCCAAUAAGGCGAAGGGUCCCAACAGCUAUUGAAUACCGAAUACACCAGCAGGAGAAUUGCAUGGUUUCGUCAGAUGCUAUCGGUGGUCUAUACAGACGCGUAUUCUUAAAGGAGUUCCUACUCGGUGGCGAGAUUCCAGAGAUAGUGCGGAUGUUUUCCACACCUAAAGAGUGGCAUGGGGAUCCGAUGGCUUCGAUUAGAAGGGCUAUGGGCUAUUGCGGCGCUUGGAAGCCCGCGGUCUUAUCUUGUUGA